CUAGUGAAAAUUGUGAAGAAACUACAUUUGAUCAAGAAGGAGACUUUGAUAUCUUGACUUUUGCUACCAAAGAAAGAAAAAGUAGUGGUGGUGGGAUUUUAAAACGUGGAGUAAAAGAUUUCGAGCCGGACGGGUCAAUUCGACAAAAUGACUUGUUAACUGACUCGUUAAAUACCUUGCAAAAUUUUUUACGAGAGGAAAGAAGCGAAAUGUGGUUAUAUCCCGAAGAAGCAUUGUUUUUGAUGGAACGUGGUGCUUUGGCCAUUAAUUAUGAUGGCGUACCAAUGUCAAUGCAACAUGCAUACACCAUGCUAAUCCGAGAGUGGUUGACUCUUGAAAAAUAUCAGGUAUAUGCUUACCUAAAGAGAACAGGAUACACAGUUACAAGAUCUUCACUACAAGAUUCGUUACAAACGCCUAUAUCAUCACAAGAAAAUAAAUUACAAGGAACUAUCAUAAAACCUCUAUUUCGAUAUACUCCGCUAUUUUUAUCACAUAUUACUUUUAUAUAUUUUUCAUUUACCAAACUUGUUUCCAAUUUUUUUAAUUUCUUUAUCAACUACUUGCCACAAUCAGAUUUACAUAAUGAAGAAAUAAACCCUAUAGUAACAUCCGAAUCAUGUGAUACUUAUGAGCAAGUUUUUACUAAAUUACAAAUUAUCCGGAGGUGCAAUGUUGAUCUAUCAAUGGAUAAUGAUCAAGGGUCUCUUUAUAAUAUAGAUUUUCAUGUUUACAAACAAUCUGAGAACAAUAAAUACAAAAAGAAAAAUCCUGGAACACCAAUUUUUUAUGUAGUUGUUGCCUGUGCCGAAUCAGACCAACCACCAGUUCUUUCAAUGCUUGAAAAUUUAUUCAAAAAUGGAAAUUCUAGCGUGUUAUUUGCAGUAGUUGAUGGUGUUAAUAUAUCAUUCUUAGAAUUUAAAGAUAUAAACUUUAUAAAUAUUAAUGCUAAGAUUAUUUAA